AUGCCCUUAUCCCUUCCGGGAUACACUAACUUCCGUUCUGAUCGUUCCCACCGCCGUGGUGGCUGCCUCAUAUACGCCAGAACUGAUAUGGAAGUCUCCACCAUUGACGAUCCACUACUGGCUGACACUCCAGAAUCUGUUUGGCUUUCUGCCUGUCGGGGUAAUCCGCCGUUCAUCCUCGGGUACAUGCCCCCUCCACACUCCAUUAGCUCGAUUAAUCGUCUCUCUAUGCUUCUUUCUCACACUCAAGCUCUACCUCAUCCGAACAAACUAAUUGUUGGGGAUCUCAACCUUCCUGAGAUUGCCCGGUCUCAACAAAACUCCCCUUUGCGCCUUUCGCCCCUGCUUAACCGACUUAAUGUCGAAGGCUGGUCCCAGUUUGUAAGGCAACCAACACGCGGUACCUACACCCUGGACAUUGCCCUUGUCAACAGCUAUCUGCGUCCUACUGCUGCAGUUGGUCCGAAGCUUCCUGACAGCGACCAUUGUAUUGUAACUUGCAGCUGGACAAGUACUCUACCUUCAGUUACUCUUCCUCCCUUAACCUGUUUCAUCCUUUCCCCGGGCAUUCUUGAAGCCUUUGCAAUCUCACUGCGCCAUAAGUCCUGGGACGAGUUCUUUGUCUCUGGUGACACGCAAAACGUGGCUAACAUCUUUCACGACAACUUGCUAUCAUCAUUAUAUCUAGUUGCUCCCACAAGAGCUUCCCAUGCUUCUGGUUGUCAUCCAGCCACACGAAUACCCGCUACCCGCCAUAAGCUUAGGAAGUAUCUUAGGCUCUUCCUUGAAUCCGAUGACCUCUCCCUCCUCAUUGUAAUCAACAAACUUAUGACCGAUAUUACCACGGCCAAACUCGCCCUUGAAAAGUGUGGGGAAUCGAUCGCCGUAGCCCAUUUUCUACAGCCUAAGAUGCUGGGGCGCCUCUUUCGCCGUCGUUGCUUCUCAAAUUCAUCUGCAGUUUCAAACAUUGUGGCCGCCGGCGGGAAACCUCUCUCUGACCCUGCUGACAUCGUGGAAUCCCUAAACCCCUACUUUGCUAGCUGCUAUAUUCUCUCCCCUUCGACUCUAUCUAUUUAUUACUCCCCACCUGGCUAUGAAGUGGUCACAUCUGCCAACGAGACAAGCACCAACCUCUGCACAUUCUCUGUUACUUUGUCUGAUCACGUCAGCCGACAACCGUCUUUGUUCCAAGAU